GCGACGAGAUGUCCUCCGCGGUGGAGUUCACCGGAGCAGCUCCGCGCCCCUCUCUCGCCCCGCGACAAGCGACCGUCGUCGUCUGGCGAGCGACGUUAUCCGCGCACCGUCGUCGGCACGCCCGCCGCGACGCCCGCGAUUCGCCGAUGGGCCGCCGGCCGCGCCGAUAAUCCUGACAGGAACGUAAACGGCGUGACCUGGGGAAGGGAAAGAUACGACAUCGAGCGCGAGCCUUCGGGAGCGGCGCCCGAAUUAACGCGGCCUCGUCGGCCCAUCGUCCUCGCGACAAGGCCGGCUCUGUGGAAGCUGCAUACACGAACGGACACGACGCCACCCGAUUCGACGCGACACGAUCACGUGGCCGUCCGUCCGUCCCUCCGACCGACCGUGUUUACUUUCGUCCGUUUAUUCGUUCGUUCGUUUGUUCGAUCCCAUAUGCGCGUCCGCGAGCGCCGAAUUGACAAACAGUGCGUCGCGACGUCGGCGCGUUCAUCUCGUGCGUUCGGUAUGUGACGCUGUGCGGUUGUGUCCCUCGCUCGUCCCGCGCUCCGCUGGAAAUCCCGGAUGCUGCGUGUCCACGCCGAGGUGGCAGGGAGAAGGUGACGCGGUGGUCAUCGCGGAUCGACAACGGUUGCUACUGUUAAGAUAGAAGAACGGUUGCAUCUGAGGCACGUGGACGUUUUGUUUUCUUAUUAAAAUAUUACUUUUCGUCCGAGGGGACGGUCGCGAGGGUCCUCGAGGGUGAUGCUCCUGGUGAGCGGAAGUGAGGAGCCCCAGGCGGCUUUUCUCCCUUCGUGCCCAUCGAGGGAGGAGAAGAAGAACUGCAGCAGGGUCGGUCUCUGGCCUGCGGGCUGCAGCUGCAGCUGAAACUGGAAGCAGCCAGUGAGGAGGAGUGCCUCGUGGUGCACGGCGGUGCUCCUCUACCGGCGGCUAGAAGGGAGUUAUGGUGUCUCGCGCAUGCAAUGCCUGUGGCCGCCGCAGCCGUGGCACUGUGGCAUCGUGCCCAUCUCAAGGCGCUCGCCUGCGUCGUCCUCGCCCUGAUCGCCGUCCAGUAUCUGCUUAGUGGCGGCGUGCUCGAUCGUCGCUCCAUUGAAACCAUCUUCACGAUUAACGCGACCAGAUACGCGGAUCGCUCGUACAGAACUCAUCCGCGUGGCUUGAUCAUAUAUGGUCAAGCGACCGUUGUACCAAGUUUAGCCGCGGGUGGCAAUGUUUCCUCGACGACGAUACUCCCCAUACUGGCCAAGGGCCUCACGAAUUCAUCCAAAUCCGAGCCGGUGCCGGUCAGAAACCUGGUCGUCGGCGGCGGAACCACGCGAGAGCUUCCGGUGGCAAACGCGACCAGCAACGCGACAGUGCCACGGUGUCCCCUCAUCCCACCGAAUUUGGUUGGACCGGUGCUUGUCAGUAAGUCACCGCCAUCGCUGUCCGAGAUGGAGAGGUCAUUCGUGGAGGUGAAGGAGGGUGGCACAGGACGGCCUGCGGAUUGCGUCGCCAGGCAUCGCGUCGCCAUAAUCAUUCCAUUUCGCGAUCGACCGCAGCAUCUGCAGACCCUCCUCUACAAUCUGCAUCCGAUCCUGCUGCGCCAGCAGAUCGAUUAUCAAAUUUUCGUGAUCGAGCAGGAAGGUACCGGGGCCUUUAAUCGAGCAAUGCUCAUGAACGUUGGCUACGUAGAGGCUCUAAAGGAAAGAACCUUCGAUUGCUUCAUCUUCCACGAUGUCGACCUACUUCCGGAGGACGAUAGAAACCUGUACACUUGUCCCGAACAGCCCAGACAUAUGUCAGUCGCGGUGGACAAAUUCAAGUACAGACUACCCUACGCCGAUCUCUUCGGUGGCGUAUCCGCGAUGUCACGCGAACACUUCCAGCUGGUCAACGGCUUCAGUAAUGUCUUUUGGGGCUGGGGUGGCGAGGACGACGAUAUGGCGAAUCGCAUCAAGGCCCAUGGCCUGCAUAUCUCGCGAUAUCCGGCAAACGUCGCGCGCUACAAAAUGCUCACGCACAAAAAGGAGAAGGCCAAUCCGAAGAGGUACGAGUUCCUGAAGACAGGCAAGAAAAGAUUCUCCACUGACGGGUUGGCUAAUCUGCAGUACGAGCUGAGCGACAAGCGAAAGCCAAAGUUGUACACAUGGCUCUUAGUGAGACUGACGCCGCCACAGCCCAGCUGAUGGCUACCAUGGCUCGGCUGAAGGCUCCUGCACGCCAAGCUUAUCCCCUAGCGAGGUCAAUGCGAUUGUGCUGCGAAAACGCGACCCUGGGGCUCUCGCCGCUCGUCAAAGAAGCGAGACUAAAAGACGAGAAAGACAUUUCCGCGAAGUCUGCGUGAGAGACACGAUGACGUUCUCUGAAAACAUUCUUUAAAAUGCUGGAAUUCCGAUUCAUCGACGAAGAGACGAGAUCCUGAAUGCACCGGCAAUUUUUAUUCCUAACUGACUUCGCUCUGCGGAUUUAUCCAAUAAAUAAUUAUAUUAUAUAGUAUGGCCCAUUGGUGGGAAGUGAUAAGCUCGAGUGAGUGAGAAUCACGAAUAAUGAGGAAUACUUCGUAAGUUGUUAUUAUACUCAAUUAGAAGUUGUCUCUGUACUGACACGGCCUUUCAAGAUCGUCGAUUGAUCCUGUCAUUCUUCCAUCGUUUCACUGAAGAUUGUUCUCAAUAUAUAUAUUUUUUUUAAAUUAGUAAAACCGAAGGACUAAAUUUAAAUAUGUCAUUUGCAUACUGCAUUACUCGGGAGGAGCUCUAAAAAAUGAAAAAUGACUGGGCGUUUGUGCGCACAGGAAGUGCACAUAGGAUCAACGAGAGAUUAGAUGGAACUCGUCGGUAGGGAUAGCGAGAGGAAAGACGCUUCCAGGUCGGGAGUAUCAUCGAGUAUCUCGCCGCUGCGUGAGGGUCUCGUCUUCUUUUCCCCUCCUCUCGCGGAGGGAACGUUGUUACGUGAUAUAUUUUUAUUCCUCAUAUUUUUUUAUCGCGAUGAUAGGUUAGAGAGCGAGUAGAGAGUAGCAUACUGAGCUGACGUGCCAAAGGAGAGUGUACGUGAGUGCGUGUAUGUGUGUGUGUGUGUGUACGUGCGUGCGUGUGCGGAAGAGAGGAGGGAGCGAGAAGCAGGAAGAGAACAGCCAAGAGGACGAAGAAGCUUCAAUAUCCUUCUCAGAGCCUUAGCCACCGCCGAGCCACGGGUAUUAUGUACGCAAAGCAGGCUGUCGUCGCUCGAGGGGACUUUAGAGAGCUUCCGCUUUUACGGCUUAUACAUUGUAUCCACCAAGAAGCGAUCACCGUGCAUGAUAAAGUCUCGUUAGCGAACAGAAGAGAAAAACCGGGCACAGCGAUGAUCUCGAGAGAUCUCGUAAGAUGGCCUGUUAAUAAUAAUAAGUCAGCCGGUAAUCUCGUUGGAUUUUAGCGCGAUUUGAGAGUUAACGGGGGGGAAGUGUACUUUCAACCUUCGAAAGCUAACGAGGCACCAUUCUACGGUGCUAAAAAUAGAGACGGGAUUGGGGAAGGGAAAGAAGGGCGAAUAAUAGUCGCGCGGGUAAAGUUUCUUGUAGGGUUAAUCACGCGAGAUAUGUAACGCGAGAGGUUUCGAUUCGCUUUUCAGGGUCGCAUAUCGCUCGUUAACCCUUGAUCCCGAGCAUGCUCUAAAUUCGUAACACGAGUUUUCGUGGUGGGAUCGGAUUUUUUUUUUUAACAAGGCUCUGUAAAUCAUCGUUUGGCUUCGUUGCGAGGGGAGAUUGAUUUCUUGAUCGACAUCAGCGCGAGCGGCUGUGUAAAACGGUACUUAAUUGUUGUUUGUCAUUUGUGGUGAACUAGCAUCGAAUUGUACGCUUGCGUUUGUCGUUUGCCCGCGUAUAUUUAGAUACGAGAAAGAGAGACGGAGAAGAUUGUUCGCCUCAACAUGAAAGGUAAAGAUGCUUCCAUAUGUUUAUUUCAUGUAUUAUGCAAUGAGAACUUGUGCAAAAUAACUACGGACGACAUGAUUUCCAAGUUUAGUUGCACCGAUAUUAAUGAAAAUUGGAAAAGUUUCAUUUCCAAGUAAAGACACUUUCUAACUGAUGUCGCGGCAAAGUUUAACUUUAGUUUAACUAUUUCUGCUGUGUUCACGUUAAAGAACUAAAAGAAUCGCUUAAACUAAGAUUAAACUAAAAAGAGGCAGUUGGAAAAUAUUAAUGAAAAAUCGUUAACGAGAGGAGAAACUUUUAAUUGACAGAUUAGCAGUAACUGAUUUACUCCCAAAAUCGACUCUUGAUUAUACAAUUAUUUGCAUGAUAUAUCACGUAAUGCGUGGAUUGAAGGAUGUAUCUGGAUAUACGCGAGCGAGAAGAUUUAUAUGCUUAAUGAUAGCAAGCGCAGUCAAGACUUGGGAGAUACACUAACAUAUCAUGUCUUGUCAAAGACACAUGUGUGACCUCACUGUGCUGUGGACGAGCAUACUUAAGCGUUAGGCGCAAGCGAGAGCACGGGCUGUGAAUAAUGCAUCUUUUUGCGGUCGAACAAAAUCACGAGGAGGAAGCAGUUACUCCGAAUUGGACAGUAAUCCAGCUCGUUUGCAAUAAUGGGCGACACAAUUAACAAUCCUUUUCCUUCCGCAUCGCGCAUCAGCAGCCGAUCGAUACCUUAUCCCCAUCAUUUCAGGGCUCUCUGAACUCAUCCAGCGACUUUCAAAGUUUUCCAACUUAUCACUUUGCAUUUUACGAUUUUUGAGGGGCUGUUCUCGAAAUCUUCCACUGAAUGCCAAUAUCAAUUUAAUAAUAAUUAAAGAAUUUGAUAUAUUGUUGCAUUAUUUAUUUAUUAAAAUUUUGAUUUAAGAUAUCGAUAAGCCUGUUAUUGAUUUAAUUUAAUUUUUAGUACUUUCUUUUCCAUCCAAGAAGCGAAGAAAAAAUGCACAGUGAUGAGCGUCGUAAUUGGUUGGUGAAGGUAGGAAUCAGCUGGUGUUCGCGUUGUAUAAGGUGGCACACGAAGAUUCCGAUUGAAAAAUGUAUGGGAUAUAUGUUGGAUGUGCGCUUGGUGCGUUUUUCUUAUUGUCGUUUCUGUGAUUGAACAUUCCGGUGUUGUUAUUUGAUCUGAAUGUAGAUUAUCAAUUCGUACGUUCCAUUGUCAUUUUUGUAUCCGACUUGGGCUGCGUGUUCGAGGAGAGCGCUAUUGCAUCACUGUACCUUUAUCGUGCAUUAGACGUAAGACAAGGAUAUAGAAUGGCGCAAGAACUCUUGAUAGAGGCGCUCUCCGAGUACAGCCUGAAUCUCCUCAGACCCACGACUUUUGAGUUGUCUAAAUAUUUUCAUUAAACAUUACAAUAUUUCUAAUUAAGGAAUGGUUAGAAAAUUAAAAAUGCAAAUAGAAAAUUUUAGUUUAAAAUAAACUAAAAUUUUGAUAAAGAAGAAUUUCUUUAAUUUCAGAACAAUUAUGACGAACAAAAAGACAAAACCACGUGUAACAAUUACUAUAUGUUCCUAGAAAUGUACAUUUGUUUAAUCUUACCAUUUAUUUGUCCAAUGUAAGAUUUAUGUUUAAUGCAGAAAUUAUAUGAAAAUUAUUCUGCUAUUAAACUUGGGAUAAAAAUGUAGAAAUGAAUCACAAAAAGAUUUGUGUUUAGAGAAAAGACAGAUAAUUCCGAAUAAAAUAAAUUUCAUUGGAAAUAUAAUUUUUGUUAACGGAGUACUAAUGGUCUGAGGAAAAUGACGAAAAGUUUGCAGAUCUCUUAAGAUGUAGUUGAGAGAUGUUGUAAGAAUUGUCUCGAAUAUUUUUUAUUCGCGCGUUAUUGACUAAUUAAUUUGCUGCCAUUGAGCGGGGAAAACGGAGCGAACGUGCGAGGGGAAAAAAACAGUAAAGGAUAAUAUUUCAGUGUAGCUUUUAAGAGAAAAACGUUGUAUCAUAUAUUACUACCGUUACCGAAUAAUCGGGAAUAUUAAAUUAAGAUAGGGGUGAACAAAAAUAUUCAACGUGCGCCGCAAAAGGAGUAUGAGUUACAGUUUCCAAAGGAUGUUAAAUUGCUUCAACAUUAAUUGUAAUCAAAACAAUAAAUUGUUGUUAAUUGCGAAAAUUUUGCUUGUAGAAUAAUAAAAGAUCUAAUUGUAUUCUGAUAAAUCUCGAUUAGAUUGUGUAACAUUUUUUUAAAUUUAUUUUAAUGGUAUUCUCAAAUUCAUUAUCAUAUCAAAUGUCACACAAGAUUGAUUAUUUAUUGUGAUUUUUCUACCAUUAACUCUGAUAUACAUAUGUGAAUUUGUCAUUUCUUUAUCAAAUUCAAAUUCUUGCAUCUGUAAUCCAGAAUAUUUUAUUUUUAUAUCUACCGCACUGAAUAUAUUCAAUUAAAUUAUAACGAAAGUAAAUUAAUUUAACAUGACAAAUAGUUGUAAGAACCGGUUCCAUUAUUGUUUAAUUUCUGACUUAUGUCUUUCCGAAGCACGCUGUACGCCAGGUGUGUCGUGUAAAUGAUCCAGUCGCAAUGUUAAAGGGUAAUAUAAAAGGUAUUUUGUUUUCGUUUGAAAUAUUGCGCGUGUAAUUAAAUUAAGUUUUCUCUCUUGUAUUUUAAAGAUGUGAUUAAGUUCAUUUACGUGGGACACUUCGCGUAUCCUAUACGAAUAUGUCAAAUAAAUUUGAUGCGCUCGAUUGCCGUACGAGAACCUCGCAAUAUAGUCCUAUUCCUUACAGUUUUGCGACUUGAAGAGCUUCCGUCAAGGAGAUGAGACUUUUAUACGUACCACUGUAUAUCAUGCACACGGAUUUUUGCGCACACACGGAAUGUAAUUUAGGAGAUUUAUUUAUAUAUCGAGAAAGAAAGAAAGAAAGAAAGAGGAUGAGAGAGUGAGAAUAAUUAUUUCGCGGCGCACGGUCGCGAGAGUUAUGUAGUUAUGUAGUUUUACGAUCAAUUUAUUAUUACCGUAUAGCUAUUGUUGCGCUAGGUUGAUAAGGCAUCAAUGUUUGGAGCGUGGAGUGCAAUUAUUUUUUUAACACACCCAACGUUAUCGCGAAGUGCGGUUCUCGUGCGGCGUGUACGGUUGUUAAAUACUACUACCAGUCUCAGAAAAGACGAGAUAGUGAUUAAUCAUAAGCAUGAAAUGUCCCGUAAGUGGAAAAAAAAAUAAUCGCUAAGUAUUUAUAUGAGAAGACAGGUGACAAAGAAAGAAAGAGAGAGAGAGAGAGAGAGGCAGAAACGACGAAGCACCCAGGCGUAAUAUAAUUACGAUGUGUAAUAUGUAUAUUAUAUACGCGAUAUUAUAUAUUCCGUCGCUAAUUAGAAAGCGUCAGGGAGUUUUCACCAAGCGCGGACACGAGGACUUUUCGUAUUGUUAAUAUUGAACUGUCAACGCGAAGAUGUGAGAAGGUAUUCUGAGAAUAUUCCGAGAGAGGGACGUAAGGCGUACAUAAUUACGACUUUUCUAAGAGCAUUUCUGUAAGUAGCGAGAGAUAAGUCGAAUUUAAACUUGUAUAUAUACAUAUAUAUCAAAUCCGACGGAAUUGUAUUGUAACUUCUCGGAAUAUUUUCCGAGCUUUUGCGAUUGCGACAUCUGCAGAAUCAUCGAAAUGUGUAUUUCGGGAAUUCACAUAGUAUUUUCAGACAUUUUCCGAACAUUCUUAUUAUAUUAUGAUAUAAAUACAUACCUACUACAUGAAAAUUGUCAGCAUAUUCUGAAAAUAUUUUCAGGAUGCUAUCCAUCUUAGAGAAUAUCUUCUCGACAAUGUACUCAUCUCGCGUCUGGUUUGAUUGAUAUCUCCUCUAAAAGGGGAGAGAUAUAUGUAUCUCCCAAACAACUAAAGUAACCGAGAAAAGAAUUUACUUUCUGAUUUUUACAAUAGUCUAUCAGAAGGAAAAAGAUACGAAGAUCAAUUAUGAAAUCUAUAUAAAUCACGGCUAAGGGGAAAAAAAAUAAAAGAAAUGUCUAAAGUAACGCGGAUACAUUCACAAAUCAGAGAUUAUCCUCGUGUACGUAAUACUCUUGCUUCUUCUCGAUUCACCAGAACGCGUCUGGGAGACUAUUCCUUUUCACAAGUUACAUUCGUGAUGUAUUGAAACAAUAAAUUUCUGUUAAAGCACA